UACUUUUCAUCUUCCGUACACUAACCCAUUAAUACUGUUCAUAUUAUAUCUUACGUUAAUUAAUUAAAUAAUCGAAGAAAUAUAUACUUAUAAAUCCCUCUCCUUCCAUCUGUUUUGUACUCUGAAGGGUCAAUUAUUCUGCACGAGAAGAAGAGAGUUGAAACAAGCUUCUCAAGAAUACUCUAAGGUGGGAACAGCAUGGUAUAUAAGUGAUUCCCAAUUCAUCUGUUGCUAAAUCUCGUGUUUUGGCGAAGACAGACUGCACAUUUCAAGGCUUUGAAGUUCGUGUGUUGAACAGAGUUUUGUAAUACGUGCACAUCUGAGACAAUGAUGAUUUUUGAUGAAAUGGGGUUCUGUGGUGAUCUUGAUUUCUUCUCGUCUGCUCCUCUCAAGGAAGCUGAUGUGUGCGGCCCACAACCGGUCGAGCAAGAGCCAGUUGUAGAGGAUGAUUAUACUGACGAGGAGAUGGAUGUGGAUGAACUUGAGAGGAGGGUGUGGAGAGAUAAGAUGCGACUCAAAAGACUGAAAGAAAUGAAUAAAGGUAAGGAAGGUGUUGAUGCUGUGAAGCAGCGGCAGUCUCAAGAGCAAGCCAGGAGGAAAAAAAUGUCGAGGGCACAAGAUGGGAUCUUGAAAUACAUGUUGAAGAUGAUGGAAGUUUGCAAAGCUCAAGGUUUUGUUUAUGGAAUUAUCCCUGAGAAGGGCAAGCCGGUGAGUGGGGCAUCUGACAAUCUUCGGGAGUGGUGGAAGGAUAAGGUCCGAUUUGAUCGUAAUGGACCGGCUGCCAUAGCAAAAUACCAAACAGAGAAUGCAAUCCCGGGGAAGAAUGAGGGGUCAAAUCCCGUUGGUCCAACCCCUCACACGCUGCAGGAACUCCAGGAUACAACCCUUGGAUCACUUUUGUCCGCUCUUAUGCAGCACUGUGAUCCCCCUCAGAGGCGGUUCCCAUUAGAGAAAGGUGUUCCACCUCCAUGGUGGCCCACGGGGAAGGAGGAAUGGUGGCAUCAGUUGGGUUUGCAGAAGGAUCAAGGCCCUCCACCGUACAAGAAGCCGCAUGAUUUGAAGAAGGCAUGGAAAGUGGGUGUUUUAACGGCCGUGAUCAAGCACAUCUCUCCUGAUAUUGCCAAGAUCCGUAAACUUGUAAGGCAGUCAAAGUGUUUGCAGGACAAAAUGACAGCCAAGGAGAGCGCGACUUGGCUUGCCAUCAUUAACCAGGAGGAAACUUUGGCUCGAGAACUAUACCCCAAUCGAUGUCCACCUUUGUCUUUGUCCGGUGGGAGUGGAACUUUUACCAUGAAUGAUAACAGUGAGUACGAUGUUGAAGAGGUGGAUGAUGAGUCUCCCUUUGACGUACAUGAGCAAAAACCCAACCCCCUCGAUUUGUUGAAUAUCGGGAUGGAGUUUGCUGAUAGACUACCAGUUCAACAGCAAUCUCAUCCAAUGAAGGAUGAAUUCAUUAACAACAUGGACUUCUCAAGGAAGAGGAAGCUCGAAAAUGAACGGAACAUCGUGAUGGAUGAUAAGAUAUAUACUUGCGAGUUCCUUCAAUGUCCUCAGAGUGAUCUCCGCCAUGGUUUCUCGGACAGGAUUUCCCAGGACAAUCAUCAACUUGCUUGCCCUUACCGACAUUCUUCUGAGUUUGGGAACUUCAAUAUUUCUGAAGUCAAGCCAGCCACCUUUCCUCAAUCUCUUGUCCAGGCCAAGUCCGCUGCUUUGCCUGUAUGUCCAACUCCACCUCCCCUUGAUCUCUCAGGACUUCCGGAUGACGGGCAAAGAAUGAUUAAUGAACUUAUGUCUUUUUAUGACGACAAUAUUCAAGGGAACAAGAACUCAAAUGCUGGGAACUCUACAGUUACAAAGAUGCAGUCUCUUCAGCUGCUGAGCACUCAGUCUCAACAGGGUAGCUUCUUUCACGGUCAGGGAAUGGCUUUACCGGGCAAUAUUUUUGAAGAAACGAACAUGCCCACUAAUCAUUCUAUAUUCCGCCCAGCAGAAAAUCGAUUCGACCAGUGCAAGGUUGGAAAUUCUCCUUUCAACUCCACCCCUAAUGAGAAUUUCCAACUGAUGUUUAGUUCCCCAUUCAAUAUACCAUCCGUUGACUAUAUCGAAGGUUUUUCUGGCCUUUCAAAGGAUAACAUGCCAAAGCAGGACGUUACAAUUUGGUAUUAAGACGAUUGCCAGAUUGAAGAGUUCACACAAUUGUUCUAUCCUGUUCAGGUGUAAUUUUAUCGCCUAUAGUUAUCUAUCUUUUAUUUUUUUUUUACAAUUAUCCAGUAGUAGAUGUUCAUGGUACGUCUGAUAAAAAGAAGUUGAAUCUUGUACAUUGUACUGUAUUGUCGAGUUCAGUGUACCAAACGUGCCAUUUCAGGCAUCAUUGUCACAAGCAAAGUAAGGAUAUGGUUCACUGAAGACAUUUUACAUAUGCUCUGCUAAAAUGGAUAGACUUGUAGAAAUUACAUAAAUAAGGUUAGUUUUCUUGUGAUUUGUACAACCACAAAUUAAGGUUUGAUAUGUCUAUUGUGGUAAACAGUUAAUGUUGAACGCUGGCUGUAUUUUGUUGACUAAGUAGGUUGUCUUUGUCUACUUCAUUGUCUUUUUGUGGACAUCUCUUUGUAAAUUAGUACAAGAGGAAAGUGAUUGGUUGGUUCCAGGUCCA